UUAUAGCCGAACACCAAUCUCGAUCGCAUUCUCCAUGAAAUUAAAGAGCGAGAAGCGAUGAAAUUGGCAACGACACCACGCUGAGCAACGAUUAAACUGUGGACGACGAGGAGGAAGAGACUACGGAAGCGACGAGCUAAAGGGAAUAGGGAAGUCCAGGCAUCGUAAUCUUAUUCGGUUGCAUCAACUCUUCAAGUCUUCUGAAUUUUAUGAUCGAUUGGUUGUUCUUCAUGAUCAACUCGUAUGCUUAGCGAGUGUUUGAGCGGAUGAGAUCGAUGAAGUUGGCCGUGGAGAUCGUGAAAGCAGACGAUUUGAAGCCGAAAACCCGGAAUGGAUCGGCGAAUCCCUUCGUCUCGGUGGAAUUCCGAGGCAAGCGCCGCCGCACCGCCACCAAGCUCAACUCCCUGAGCCCCUGCUGGGACGAGACACUGCUCUUCCCUGUCGCUGACCCCCUCGACCUCCCACAGAGCACGAUCGAGGUCUCUGUCUACCACGACAACUCCAACUUCAACUCAACCGCCCAACAUCGCAACAGCUUCCUCGGCCGCGUCCGCCUGUCGGGUUCUUCCGUCGCGCCGUGCCGCCUCGACGCUGCGCUCCAGCUUUGUCCUCUCGAUAAGCGCAGCUUCUUCUCCAACGUCCGCGGCGAGCUCACCCUCCGCGUCUACGUAGUCACUGAAGACGACGAUGUUCCUGUCCUGAACUCUGUUCAGGCGGAGGCGGAGGCGGAGGUGGAGACGGUGGCAGCUCCAUCCACCGUCUCCGCUAUCGCCGGGAUUAGCCGUGGAAUCGAGCCGCUGCCACCUAGGAAGAAACGGAGCCAACUAGCACCGGCCAAAGAAAAGAUACUCAGAGAGUUUCGCUCCGUCGGAACCGCCAAGGAUCAGGUCCUUCCAACGAACGCAACGCAGGUCUCCUCCAACCGCGAAAGGAGGCGCCAGCCACCUUCGUCGCAGUACUAUUACCAUGCGAGCCAAGAGCAAGCUAUGCCGGCCGCGCCGUUGACAGUUCCGGCGAAUCCGUCACCUCCGAAGAAAACAGAGUACGAGCUCGUCGAGACACGGCCGUCCCUCGCGGCCCUCCUAGGCUACCUCUGCUACAAGAACAGUGACAAGAUCAAGAACACCUACGACCUCGUUGAGCAGAUGGAAUUCCUCUACGUGCUCAUCGUCAGGGCCCGCCACCUAUCGGCCGCAGGCAUCGCCGGAAGCCUGGAUCCUUACGUGGAGGUAAAGAUUGGGAACUUCACAGGAAAGACCAAGCACCGGGUGCAGAGCCGGGACCCGGAGUGGGGGGAGUGCUUCGCCGUGUCCAAGGCCCACCUGACGGCGGCGCGCGUGGAGGUCAUCGUCAAGGACAAGAGCCUCCUUGUGGACAACUCGGUGGGCAAGGUGGCAGUGGAGGUGGUGGACGUGCCGGUGCGCGUGCCGCCUGACGGCCCGGUCGCCCCGCAGUGGUACCGGCUCUGGAAAGUGAACGGCGACUACGAGGACGAGGCCUACCGCGGGGAGAUAAUGAUGUCCUUAUGGAAUGGGACGCAGGCGGACGAGUUGUACUCGACGGCGGUGCACUCCGACGCCGCCCUCCUCCCCUCCGCCGGCAUCCCUCACACACGCGGCCAGGUCUACUACAAUCCCCGGUUGAGCUACCUCCGGGUCAAGGUCGACUCGGCCCAGGAUCUGCUGACUUCCAGACCGGAUCCGGAGAUCUUCGUAAAGGCCCGGUUCGGCCCGCAGGUAUGCGACACCAGGCCCUCCCCGGUCCGCUCGCCGAACCCCACGUGGAAAAAUGAGGAGAUCAUGCUGGUCGCCAGUGAACCUUUCGACGAAUUGCUAGUGCUGACGGUGAUGGACCGGGCCAAGAACGAAGCCUUGGCCCAAGUCGUUCUCGGCAAGGGCUUGAUCCGUACCCACGCCGACCACCGCAAACCCUUGCCUUCCCAGUGGUUCGCCCUCGAGAAGCCAGGCGGCGGCGGCGGCGGACAAUACGGCAAAAUCCAGGUCGCGUGCUACUACGACAACAGUUAUCACGUCAUCGACGAGGCCGCCCACUUCACCAGCGACUACCAGCCUUCCGCCAGACCGCUCAGGCGGGCCACCGUCGGCUCGCUGGAGAUAGGGAUUCUAGACGCCAAGGAUCUCGCGCCGCAGUGGAGUAACAAUGGCAGCGGCAAGAGCGACGAUGCGACCAACGCUUACUGCGUCGCCAAGUACGGUCCCAAGUGGGUGCGCACGCGGACGAUCCUUGGGACGAAGCAGCCCUGGUGGAACGAGCAGUUCUCGUGGGAUGUUCACGAUCCGUCCACCGUCCUCACCGUCGCCGUGUUCAACAACAGUCGCGUCGACGGCAAAAACAACAACGGGAACACCAGAGACGAGCCGCUGGGGAAGAUCCGGAUCCGUCUCUCCACGCUAGAUAUCAAUCGCGUGUACACGCACUACUACCCGCUGCUGGCCGUUCACCCCACCGGCGUCAAAAAGACCGGCGAGAUCCACUUGGCGGUGCGCUUCACCUACCCGUCCUUCUGGUUCAGCAUGCUGUGGCUGUACACGAAGCCGAUGUAUAACAAAAUGCAUUACCUGCAUCCCAUCCCCCACCACCAAAUGCCGUUUCUUCGCCACUACGCGACGCUGAGCGUGGCGGCGAAGCUGGCCCGUGCCGAGCCGCCGCUCCCGAGGGAGGCCGUCAACUAUGUGUUCGACGACGGCUCCAACCGGUUCAGCCUGCGGAAAGGUAGGGCCAACUUCAUGCGGAUCCAGGCGCUGCUCGCGGACUUCGUGGACUUCGCGAAGUGGUUCGACGGCGUCCGCCAGUGGAACCGCCCGCUGAUAACCGUUUUCGUCCACGCCCUGUUCUUGAUGCUCGUUAUGGUGCCGAGACUGCUCCUCCCCACCGCGUUCCUCCACUUAUUCGCCGUCGGCCUGUGGAGAUUCAGGAGGCGGCCCAGCUCCCCUGCUCACGCCGACCCUAACCUGUGGGAAUGGGCGGAUCCGGAUAUAUUCGACGAAGAACUGGACAACAUUCCUGUGUUAACGAGGCCACCGGAGGUGGUGGCACGGAGGUACGAUCGGCUGAGGUGGCUCGCCGGAAAUUUGCAAGAAAUGGUGGGGCACCUGGCCAACCACGCGGAGAGGCUGCAGGCGCUGCUAAGCUGGAGGGAUCCACGGGCAACGGCUAUGUUUGCGGUGUUUGCAUUGGCGAUGGCAGGAGUCCUUUGGUCGGUGCCGUUCCAGUUGGUGGUGGUGAUAUUUGGCCUGUACGCCAUGCGCCACCCAAAGCUGCGGAGCAAGACGCCCUCCCUCGCUUUUAACUUCUUCAGGAGGUUACCUGGGAGAGCGGAGAAGGACGAAGAAGAGAACAGGGGAGUUGGAUUCUUGGUUAAUAUGAUGCGAGCCUCGGUGUUGACGAAUCCCUCACCUUUCAUGGAAGCCGCAUGCUCUUCUGCUGCCGCCUCUUUUGUACCGCUCCGUCCUCUCUACCUCAAGGAAUUGAGCCUCGUGCCAACCCGAAUUCCGCAGAGGGGUUCCUCUUGUCGGUCGAUUUCUAAGCCCAGGAGGACAAUCGUGGUUAAAUCAGUUGCCACACCGAAUCGAUUAGUAGAGUUUCCCCUAACUGCUGAAAAUGUUGAGUUAGUAUUGGAUGAAGUACGACCAUAUCUUAUUUCUGAUGGAGGGAAUGUAGCACUUCAUGAGAUAGAUGGAAAUGUCGUAAGGCUAAAAUUACAAGGUGCAUGUGGUUCUUGUCCAAGUUCUGUAACGACAAUGAAGAUGGGAAUUGAGCGCCGGUUAAAGGAAAAGAUUCCAGAAAUUGUUGCAGUUGAACCAGUACCUGAUGAGGAGACUGGGCUUCCACUCAAUGAAGAAAACAUUGAGCAGGUGCUUGAUGAGAUAAGGCCAUUCCUUGCUGGAACUGGUGGGGGUGAGCUUGAGCUUAUUGAAAUUGACAAUCCUAUCGUCAAGAUUAGACUAACCGGCCAAGCUGCCGGCGUCAUGACUGUUCGAGUUGCAGUAACACAGAAGCUGCGAGAAAAGAUACCUGCCAUUGCGGCUGUUCAGCUUUUAUCAUAGGUCAAAAGGAGCGCUUUGAUUUAUUUCGAUACUUAAUGUAAUAAACAUUGAAUUGCACAUAGAUAUUUUCUUGAAGAAAUUAAAUUGUAUUCAUCAUUUAUGUAUUUGGAAUUAAAUUGAGGCAUCAAAGUUUCUAGUAAUUAAGACAUGUAUCAUGUAUAUUAAAUUAUAAAAUAUAUCUACAUGCAUUAGCGCA